GGUCGCGAGAUGGGCGGCGGUCGGCGACGUGCGGAAGAAGCAUAAGAAGGGUCAGACGCAGCAUCAGCCGGAACCGGCAGCUGCCGUGGAGCAGCAGCCGAGAGUGCCUGCUGGGUGUAAAGGAUUCUGGGAGCAGAUGGAGCCGUAUUUCCGUGAGUUCACACACGAGGAUUUCGGAGAAUUAGUGACGAAGCAUCAAUUCAGUUCUAGCCAGAUUGAUCCAUGUUUCCUCGUACCUGUUGUGGGCAGUGGCAAGGAUUUAGGGGAGAAUCUCGAUCCAUCUCAUGCUUCUGUGGCUGAUGAAAGUUCGGUUUUGAACUCAAAUUCGGGCAAGCAUAUUGAGGAGUUGGAGAGUAACAAAGUGCAGGAUGUGCAGGAGAGCUUGGAUUAUAUUGGUGGCAGCGUGGAGCUGGUUAGUAAGGAUGAUAGUGACAAAGAGAAUUGUGAUCAGGAUAUGCAGGAGGUGAUUGUGCAGCAAGAGGAGCAGCCGAUUGAAAUUGUACUAGACCAAGGCAGGAUUGAUAGUGCUGUUUUACCAGGAUUGAGAGAGGAUUCAAGACCUCCAUUUAAUUGGCUUCUAGGAGCAAAGGGACGGUUUGUGCUUACUUCAGAACGCCCAAACAAGAAUAUGAAGCUCUUGGGUGCAGAUGCUGGGUUAGAGCAGCUUGUGCUGCUGCCAUCCUUGGAAGGUGAGUCUGGUUCAAUCUGCGACGUAUGUUGUUUGGGAGAAAGUGGCAUGACGUCCAAUAGGAUGCUUCAUUGCAACAACUGUGAGAUUUCCGUGCACCAGAAGUGCUAUGGCGUGCAUGUUGUGCCAGAUCGCUUCUGGUUAUGUGUUUGGUGCAACCGGAAUAUUGGGAUGCCACGGAGGUUGACAUGGAGCGAUGCGUGCAGGACUGUAUUAAUGCCUUGUGUGCUUUGUCCAAAGGAGAAAGGUGCUUUGAAACCUGUAAAAAGGGAUCCUGGACCAUCCACAGACGGAGGAAACCAAGAAUUUGUACAUUUAUUUUGUAGUCUUUGGAGACCAGAGUUUCUUGUAGAAGAUAUGGAAUCAAUGGAACCUGUCACCAAUAUAGUAGAUACCCAAGAGAAUCAGACAAAAAUGGUGUGCAAUCUUUGCAAGGCCAUGCAUGGCGCUUGUGUCCGCUGUAGCCAUGGAACAUGCAGGACAUCCUUCCAUCCUAUAUGUGCAAGAGAGUCGAAGCUUCAGUUGGAGAUAUGGGGGAAGUUUGGCCAUGAUAAUGUUGAGAUGCGAGCAUUUUGUGCAAAGCAUUCUGCAGUCAGAAGCAUCAGCUCCAUACAGAACAACAAAAAUGCCUUUGAACAGGAUUCAGCACAAGUUGACCCGCGUGAUGGAAGACUUGUUACUGGGAAGGAACAGCAAGUGAGAUUUACACGCAGUAAUAAGGACAAAUUCGCGAAUGGCACAAUCACUACUUCUAGUUCUUGUAGCCUAAACAAAGUACAGACAAUGGAGGUGGCUACCUCUCCAUCCACUGUUGGAAGUGUAGAAAAUCGAGAAAGCGUCGAUAUGGUUGUUGAUCAACCUACAGGAGAUGGGAAUCUUAUGAGCAAUGCUGAAGAUGUUUCUGGAGUUCUCAGAAAGCUAGUUGACCAAGGAAAGGUUAGUGUUGGUGAUAUAGAAUCAGAACUAGGUCUUUGUUCAGAAUCAUUGGAAGCUGCUCUGGAGCCUGAAACUACCGCCUUCUCCCCUGGUCUGAAGUUGAAAAUCAUCAAGUGGCUGCAAAACUCUGCGCAUGUGCCUUCUGUUCAAGUGAAUCCUUUUAAAGAGGGUUCUUUGGCACCACAAGGUACAUUGCUUAGAAGUGAAACUACGAGCUUAACCAAUGCCAAACUUCGCACAGGACAGGAGGAAGGCAUCUCUCCAUCUGAUCAUCGUUUUCCCCAGUUUGACAAUGAUAAGAAAGGCUGGGAUGCUUCAGUACAAAAUGGUUUCCACAAUUGUUGCGAUUCUGAUGUAGAUCAGAUUUCUGACUGGCGUUUGCUCAACAUCGAUGGUUACCACUUCUAUAUUCAUCCAUUCAUUGAGGAAAAGUUGCAAAAUUUACGGGGUUAUAAUUUCGAGCAAAAUAAAGAGGCAAAUGAUUAUCAUGAAGAAUUAUCUUACCCUCAUGAUCGAAACCUUGGUGUUUCAUCAACAAAACUUGGGCAAUUAGCAGACAUAGCUGUUGUGGAUCAAGUUCGUAAAGCAAAAUCAUCAGAUAUCCUGGAGCAUUCACCCGAUGAUGAGAUAGAAGGGGAAAUAGUUUAUUUACAAUCUUGCCUACUCAAUGAUGCUGUUGCUAUGAAGCAGAGAUAUGAAGAUUUAAUACUCAAGGUUGUCCAGAAUAUUUCUUACGAGUUGGAUUCUUUCAAUAAAAGAAAAUGGGACCAUGUCAUUGUGAAUCAGUUCCUUCGUGAUUUGAGGGAAGCUAAGAAACGUGGGAAUGCAGACAGGAGACACAAGGAAGCUCUUGCUAUUCUAGCUGCAACUGCACCUUCUGUUGCAUCCACCUCACGAAAUGUAACGGUGAGGAAAGAGGCAGAAAACAACGUUACAUCUGCUAAACAAGAGAGUGUUCCCAAAGCGAAUGCUGGGUCUUCAAGACUUAGCCAACUGUCUUUGUUGCCACAAGCAAAGGACUUAUCGUUUUCUAAUAACAAAGUCUCAGAAGAUACUAACUUUGGCAUUUUUGAUCUGGCAAAAUUCUCCAAGAAAAAUGCUCUUCCAUGUGAUGUAUGUAUGCGAUGUGACACUGUAUUGAACCGAAUUUUUGUCUGCUCCAGCUGCAAGGUGAUUUGCAUUUUACUCUUUUUACGCCAAGUUGCACUCCAUCAAUUAUUAACUCUGCAUGCUCAGCAGGCUGCUGUCCACUUAGACUGCUACCAGAGCCUGCAGUAUCCCACAGGUCCCUGGAAGUGUGAACUUUGCCAAGAGAUGCCCUCAGAUUCUGUCAUAUCUGGCAGUCAAUCUGAUUGCAAUGGUGCAAAAGCAUGCUUGGUGCAGUGUGGUUUGUGCCAUGGAACAUCUGGUGCUUUUAGAAAGACUCUGAAGGGGCAAUGGGUUCAUGCUUUCUGUGCUGAGUGGCUGUUGGAGACUACAUUCAGAAGAGGGCAAUGUAAUGCAGUCGAUGGAAUGGAGAGCUUACGCAACGAUAAAGACACAUGCUCCAUCUGUCACCGCUAUGUUGGCGCAUGCUUGAAGUGCAGUACUGCAGACUGUCAAAUUACUUUCCAUCCUUCAUGUGCUAGGGAUGCUGGUCUUCACAUGGAUACAAAAAGAAUUGGUAAUUUGUUACAACAUAAAGCAUACUGUGGCAAACACAGUAUCAAGCAAAGAAAGGCUUAUCGUCAACAAUAUGGACCUGAGGAGGUCAAGAGCAUGAAACGAAUGAGGGUUGAAUUGGAACUAUUACGCUUCCUUUGUGAGAGGAUUGUUAAAAGAGAAAAAGUAAAGAAAGAUAUGGUUGUAUGUGAACAUGACAUACUUGCUGCAAAAAGCAUCUCUACUGCCUCUUCGAUGUGGUCUUAUUAUGCAUCUGGACCUGGAGCGAGUUCAGAGUCUGCCACUACUUCUGUUAAUAACAAAUCAUACAGUGGAACAAUGCAAAGAUCGGAUGAUGUCACAGUAAGGUCGGAUGAUGUCACAGUUGACAGUACUAUUACCAGGAAACAUACUGUCAGGUUUUCUUUGCAUAACAGGGACGCUGAUAGGAACACAGCUGACAGUUCGACAUCAACAAUAUCGUAUAAGCGGAAAUUGGAUGAUGCGGAAUCACUUACGUUUAAGAAUCUUCCAGAAAAACUAGCUACUGCCUUGCUAGAGUCGGAAGAUGUAGAAAAGAAAUCAACAGAUAAAAAGCAUAGAGAAACAUAUCAAAAGGAGCUUGUUAUGACAUCUGACCAAACUGUGUUGAAGAACAAGAGCCUUCCAGAGAGAUAUGUUUAUACUCGUCGUAGCUCCCUGUCCAAAAGGAAGCAAUGUAAUCAGCAUGUAGUAGAAGGGCCUGGUGGAUAGGAGCGGUGGAAUUAGGAUCAUGGUGGCUCCUUCAUGGGAUGACUGGAGAACAUUCUUGAAGCUCCAUGCUGAAAGCACAUGCAGCAAUCGGGGCUGCCCUUUUAAUCAUGCCUUAGCCAUUGGGACGGGCACGGUCGGACAGAGGUCACAAAGAUGGUGCAGAUUGGGUUUUUAAGUAUGGUUUGAGCUUCCGACAAGAAGAUUUUACCCAUCAAGCCCGUGUUGCUGUGCAGGGCAGCAUGCGUGAAUUCGUUCACUAAUUUAGUUAUCAAGGGCAGGUUUUGUGAAUUAUGCCCUGUUGCCAGUAUGCCAGCCGCGCAUUAAUUAUGUGAAGCAAAGCAGUUGCAUUAGUGGGCGAUGAAAGAAAGGUGGUAGAUAAUUGUUGCUAACUGACUUCUAGGCCAUCGGCACAUGAUUAUCCAUGUUUAGGGAUUGUAGCAUAUGUGCGUUCGAAUGUACUGACAAGUCUGCAUGCUUAGCUGACGCGUGGUUUACAGUUGUCCUGACCCCCGACUUGUUCUGCGAACCCUUGCUGACUUUUUGGUAGAGCCAUUUCAUGUUUGUACAGUCAUGCAGGCGCAGUUUCUAUGUAAGAGGGUGCCUUCUGCGGUUCACAAAAGCUGUUAACCUGGUGAACAGAGAACUGCCAUGCGGCAAAUAUGGGCUGUGUCGAUUGUAUUGAUAUCAGUUGUUGCAAAUGUUGUGGUCUUGCGUUGAUGGCAUUUGUCUCAGCUCUCAAACCAUUGCCUA